GGAAGUAGUAGCAGCUUGUCGCUUUGAUUGCAAACGGGCUGAUUCAUUGCUGAUGCUAGAACGGUUUACACGGGACAUUACAUUUUCUUCUGAUACGUUUUAGGAGUAACGCUAACGUUUACGCUAUAUACCAGGUAAUGGAAGCAAUCAUAAUUUUAUACGGUGGUGUUUUUCUUCUGAAUCGUAAAAUAGUAGUCGAGAGUUGAAACUGAAGCAUGGACAGACUGCUGCGGCUUGGGAGUGGGAUGCCAGGACUCGGGCAGGGUCCCCCCACAGACGCCCCAGCUGUGGAUACAGCUGAGCAGGUGUACAUCUCUUCGCUGGCGCUGCUCAAGAUGCUGAAACACGGCCGUGCUGGCGUGCCCAUGGAAGUCAUGGGCCUGAUGUUGGGCGAAUUUGUCGACGACUACACCGUGCGAGUGAUCGACGUAUUCGCCAUGCCUCAGUCAGGAACCGGUGUCAGUGUGGAGGCCGUAGACCCCGUCUUCCAGGCGAAGAUGUUGGAUAUGCUGAAGCAGACUGGACGGCCUGAGAUGGUGGUGGGCUGGUACCACAGCCACCCCGGGUUCGGCUGCUGGCUGUCCGGAGUGGACAUCAACACCCAGCAAAGCUUCGAGGCGCUGUCGGAGCGUGCCGUCGCCGUGGUGGUGGACCCCAUUCAAAGCGUCAAAGGAAAGGUCGUUAUCGACGCCUUCAGGCUGAUCAAUGCCAACAUGAUGGUCUUGGGGCACGAACCAAGGCAAACCACUUCCAAUCUCGGGCAUUUGAACAAGCCUUCCAUCCAGGCUUUGAUUCAUGGGCUGAACAGACAUUAUUACUCAAUUACCAUAAACUACAGGAAGAACGAACUGGAGCAAAAGAUGCUCUUAAACCUGCACAAGAAGAGCUGGAUGGAAGGCCUCACCCUACAAGACUACAGCGAGCACUGCAAACUCAAUGAGACCAUCGUCAAGGAGAUGCUGGAGCUGGCCAAGAACUACAACAAGGCUGUUGAGGAGGAGGACAAGAUGACACCUGAACAGCUGGCCAUUAAGAAUGUUGGAAAGCAGGAUCCAAAGCGGCAUUUAGAAGAGCACGUAGAUGUUCUGAUGACGUCUAAUAUUGUGCAGUGCCUGGCAGCCAUGUUGGAUACGGUGGUCUUUCAGUGAAGUUUGUCCUUGGGUCAUCGUUUAUGUAAUUUUGUCUGUUUUAUUUUUAUUCAAAAAAUAAACUUGCAUAAAAGUUUAAAACUUGAA